GCAUUUGCACCAGAGAAGCGGAGUCCCUGGUUUGGGGAGCGGGCGGCGGCGGCAUGGCUGCCACGGGGGUCCUGCCCUUCAUCAGGGGCGUGGAUCUCAGUGGGAACGACUUCAAGGGGGGCUAUUUUCCAGAGCACGUGAAGUCGAUGACCAGCUUGCGAUGGCUGAAACUCAACCGGACCGGCCUCUGCUACUUGCCCGAGGAGUUGUCCGCCCUCCAGAAGCUGGAGCAUCUCUCCGUGAGCCACAACAGCCUAACCACGCUCCAUGGGGAGCUCUCCGGCCUCCCCUGCCUGCGGGCCAUCGUCGCCCGAGCCAAUUGCUUGAAGAACUCUGGCGUUCCCGACGACAUCUUCCAGCUGGACGAUCUCUCUGUGUUGGAUCUGAGCUACAACCAGUUGACGGAGUGUCCCCGAGAGCUGGAGAAUGCAAAAAACAUGCUGGUGCUGAACCUGAAACAUAACAGCAUUGACAGCAUCCCCAACCAGCUGUUUAUCAACCUGACUGACCUGUUGUACCUGGACCUGAGCGACAACAAGCUGGAGAGCCUUCCCCCCCAGAUGCGGCGCCUGGUACACCUGCAGACCUUGAUCCUGGACAAUAACCCUCUCAUGCACGCUCAGCUCAGACAACUUCCAGCGAUGAUCGCCUUGCAGACUCUCCACCUCCGGAACACGCAACGGACUCAGAGCAACCUGCCCACCAGCCUGGAAGGGCUGGUCAACCUAACCGACGUGGACCUCUCCUGUAACGACUUGUCCCGCGUCCCCGAGUGUCUCUACACCUUGUCCAACCUGCGGCGUCUCAACCUGAGCAGCAACCAGAUCUCUGAGCUUUCCCUCUGCAUCGACCAGUGGACACGGCUGGAGACCCUCAACUUCUCGCGAAACCAGCUCACCUCUCUGCCGUCAGCUGUUUGCAAGCUGACCAAGCUCAAGAGGCUCUACCUGAAUUCCAACAAGCUGGAUUUCGACGGCAUUCCCUCAGGCAUUGGGAAGCUGGCUAACCUGGAAGAAUUCAUGGCCGCGAACAACAACCUUGAACUCAUCCCAGAAAGCCUCUGUCGGUGCGCUAAGCUACGGAAGUUGGUUUUAAACAAGAACCGGCUAGUCACCCUGCCUGAAGCCGUGCACUUUCUGACGGAUAUUGAGAUCCUGGACGUCCGCGAGAACCCUAGCCUGGUGAUGCCCCCCAAACCUGUGGACCGAACCUCUGAGUGGUACAACAUCGACUUCUCCCUGCAGAACCAGCUCCGGUUGGCUGGGGCCUCUCCGGCUACUGUGGCAGCUGCUGGUGCAGGGAGCAGCCCAAAGGAUCCCCUGGCUCGGAAGAUGCGCCUGCGUCGGCGCAAAGAUUCCACGCAGGACGAUCAGGCGAAACAGGUGCUGAAGGGCAUGUCAGACGUGGCGCAGGAGAAAAACAAGAAGAUGGAGGAGAAUGGGGAUUUGAAGUACACUGACCUGAAAACCCGCCGUUGGGACCAGAGCCUCGAGAAGCCGCAGCUCAACUACUCCGAGUUCUUCACCGAGGACGUGGGGCAACUGCCGGGCGUCUCCGUCUGGCAGAUCGAGAACUUCGUGCCCGUCAUGGUGGACGAGGCUUUCCACGGGAAGUUCUAUGAGGCCGAUUGCUACAUUGUGCUGAAGACAUUGCUAGACGAUAAUGGUUCCUUGAACUGGGAGAUCUACUACUGGAUCGGCCAGGAGGCCACACUUGACAAGAAGGCCUGUGCGGCCAUACAUGCUGUCAACUUACGGAACUACCUAGGAGCCGAGUGCCGGAGCAUCCGGGAGGAGAUGGGGGACGAGAGCGACGAAUUCAGUCAGGUCUUUGAUCAUGAGAUCUCGUACAUCGAAGGUGGCACGGCCAGUGGCUUCUUCACAGUGGAAGAUACGCAGUACAUCACCAGGCUUUAUCGGGUGUACGGCAAGAAGAAUAUCAAACUGGAGCCGGUGCCACUGAAGGCAGCUUCUCUGGACCCUCGGUUCGUCUUCCUGCUGGACCACGGCCUCGAGAUCUACAUCUGGAGGGGCGGCCAGGCCACGCUGAGCGGGACCACCAAAGCCAGGCUCUUUGCGGAGAAGAUCAACAAAAACGAGCGGAAGGGGAAAGCAGAAAUCACCCUGCUGAGCCAAACCCAGGAGACGGCUGAGUUCUGGGACAUCCUCGGGGGGCAGCUGGAAGAGAUCAAGCCGAACGUCCCCGAUGACUUCAGGGCCCCCAGACCCAAGCUUUAUAAGGUCGGCCUAGGGCUGGGAUACCUGGAGUUGCCCCAGAUCAACUAUAAGCUCUCUGUCGAGCACAAGAAGAGGCCGAGCGUGGAUCUGUUCCCGGAAAUGAGACUGCUUCAGAGCCUGCUGGACACCAAGGCCGUCUACCUCCUGGACUGCUGGUCGGACGUCUUCAUCUGGAUCGGCCGCAAGUCCCCUCGCCUGGUGCGGGCCGCUGCCCUCAAGCUGGGCCAGGAGCUCUGCGGCAUGUUGCACCGCCCCAAACACGCCCUGGUCAUCCGCAACUUGGAGGGCACCGAAUGCCAGGUCUUCAAAUCCAAAUUCAAGAACUGGGACGACGUCUUGAAGGUCGACUACACCCGCAACGCUGAGGCGGUUCAGCAGGUGAAGGGUCUCUCAGGCAAAGUGCAGAAAGAUGCGGAGAAGAAGGACCAGAUGAAGGCGGACCUGACGGCUCUCUUCCUGCCCCGCCAGCCCCCCAUGCCCCUCAGCGAGGCGGAACAGCUCAUGGAAGAAUGGAACGAAGACUUGGACGGCAUGGAAGGCUUCGUCCUGGAAGGCAAGAAAUUCGCCCGCCUGCCAGAAGAGGAAUUCGGGCACUUUCACACCCAAGACUGCUACGUCUUCUUGUGCCGGUACUGGGUGCCUGUGGAGAACGAGGAAGAUGAGGAAAAGAAGAAGGCGAACGGGGCAAAAGGCGCUACCAAAGGGGAGGAAGGAGCUGAGGAGGAAGAGGAGGAGGAAGAGGAGAAGCAGCCUGAGGAGGACUUCCAGUGCGUGGUGUACUUCUGGCAGGGGCGGGAGGCCUCCAACAUGGGCUGGUUGACCUUCACCUUCAGCCUCCAGAAGAAAUUUGAGAGCCUCUUUCCUGGGAAGUUGGAGGUCGUCCGCAUGACGCAGCAGCAGGAAAACCCCAAGUUCCUCUCCCACUUCAAGCGGAAAUUCAUCAUCCACAAGGGGAAGAGGAAAGCCCGGGAUGCCAACCUCCAGCCCAGUCUCUACCACAUCCGGACCAACGGAAGUGCCCUCUGCUCCCGCUGCAUCCAAAUCAACACGGACUCCAGUCUUCUGAACUCCGAAUUUUGCUUCAUCUUGAAGGUUCCCUUUGAGAGCACCGACAAUCAGGGCAUUGUCUACACUUGGGUGGGGCGAGCCGCCGACCCGGACGAAGCGAAGCUGGCUGAAGACAUCAUGAACCAUUUGUUCGACGACUCCUAUAGCAAACAGGUGAUCAACGAAGGGGAGGAGCCAGAAAACUUCUUCUGGGUCGGCAUUGGAACACAGAAGCCAUAUGACGGAGAUGCUGAGUACAUGAAGUACUCCCGCCUCUUCCGGUGCUCCAAUGAAAAGGGCUAUUUUGCCGUGUCCGAAAAAUGCUCCGACUUCUGCCAAGAUGACCUCGCCGAUGAUGACAUCAUGUUAUUGGACAAUGGGCGGGAGGUGUACAUGUGGGUCGGAACACAAACUAGCCAAGUGGAGAUCAAACUCAGCCUUAAGGCUUGCCAGGUCUACAUCCAACACAUGCGCUCCAAGGACUCUUCCCGUCCCCGAAAACUCCGCCUCGUCCGGAAAGGGAACGAGCCGCCCGCCUUCACCCGCUGUUUCCACGCCUGGAGUGUCUUCCGCAAACCACCGGCCUGAGGAGGCGAGCAGAAGGGAACUUCCACCGGGGCGGUGGACUUUGGGGUGGGAUGUGUGUUUGACACGGGGAAGCCAGUUUAUUUAAACCACAAAUUAGACACUGUUAGGAGGCAAGGCUCGCUCUAGGCCUCUCCUCUUUAAAGGGAAACCAUCUGAAACGAAAUUAUUCCCCCCUUUCUCCCUCUUGCCAUUUUUGCCUGGUGUAAGGAAGUCGGUAUUGCUUGGGAAUUUUUGUGUGUGUUACAAAGGCAUUUUGAAGCAAGGGAAAAGGGAAGGGGUGUAAAGCUGGAACCAGCACCUCAACUUUUUAUAUAUCUAUCUAUAUAGAAGCUUGGCUUUUUAUUCUGCACAGAACACAGGCUUGGCUUUUAUUCUGUUCCCAAGACCCUUGCUUUUGGGGGUGGAAAAUGGGGCAUCGUUGGUUCUGGGGAGAGCGUAGCUGUGCAUUCCCCCCACAGAAAAUAACCUUCCCGCUCACCCCUUGUGAAAUUCACUGCAGUCGGGUGUAUUGGAGGGGGGCAGUUUAUAUUUCUGUAGUGGUGCUAAAGGAAAACACAGGUGAACAUUUCUUUUCAAGCUGCCCGAAGGGGCUAGUCCUCAUGAGGGCGGUGCUGAAGAAAAUGGCCAUUUUUUUUUUCCAAAUGGCUGUAUAAACUAUUGCCUUCUGCCGCACUAACGUGGGCAGCAGGGAAGAUGAAGAUUAACAAGGGAAAGUGUUCAUGGUUGUCCGUUUGGCUUUCGGGCUUGGCGAGAAGGAGUUCGCGUACCUAGCAGGACUGGGCUAGAGAAGAAAGACAAAGCGGAGACUUCCUCUGUUACACUCCCUUUAUAAAACAGGGUCACUUGCAAAUGGGCGUGGCUCUCUCUGUUAAUCACUCUUCGUGGUAUGCUGUCACACCGGUUCAGCCUUAGCCUACUGAAAGAACAAACCCCCGGUGGUCUGGUCCAACAGAGCGGUGCAUCUUUCAACAGUGCCACAAAAAAAUCUGGUGGGGCGGCUGCCCUUUUCCCUCCUCCCACCCAGCAGGGGGGAGCAGGUUCCUUCCCCCUGCCGAUUUGCUACCUGUAGCCCGCUCUGCGAUGAAUGUCGUUUUGGGAAUUGGAGGCUGCAGGCGUAGCUGUUUGGAUAAAGGACUCGGUUUCUGUGCCUGCGAAUGUCGCCACAUGGGCAACACCCUGGCAUGCAGCCCUCAAUUUCUCUUAAGGGGGGGGGUCUGGCUCAGCUGUGGGGGGAGUCAAAGUGCCCAGUAGCAGUUUUUAAAUGCCUUCUCUCCCACCGCUUGGCUAUUCCCUCUCUCCCAGGCACUGAAUGCCUACCCUUCAAAAUCCACAUUGAAUGUCCAGCUAUGCAGCAAGGGGGGAAAACCCAGAAAUUUGAGGGCAGGUUCUAAGGGCAGCCAAACUGUCAGCCUGUCGGACGCGACUCCCCAGCUGAGCACAGCUGCUGGCCAAAAACCUGGUUUGCAAUGCCUCUCUCCCCUAAUUUGGCCCGUGCCAGCGGGCUAUAGAACAAAUUGUACGCGAGACUUCAGUGACAGAGCACCGGAUCAGCUUUUUGGACAGGCCAAACCCUCCCUCUUUCGGAGGAGACACCCACCUCUGAACUGUUCUUCCAGCAAAGAGUGUUUUUGCAAGAACUUUACCUCACCGCGGUGGCGGGCGUUUCUCUGGGCACAAUGUUCACCCUUUGAGCGACCCGGCAGGUGCUCGCUCAGAUGCCGGGACUGCAUGCUUUUGCACCGCACCAAUAAAGUGCAAUCUUCACUGAAUACCACCCUCCAGACGGUGCUGUUGUUCUUUCAUAUCUUACUGUUCUUUUGUCUUCAGGGUCUUUCACAGAUGGAGCUCUAACUCUCUCAGAGGCUCUCAAGAGAGCGGAGCUCCACUGUAAUAGCUGUUGAUCUCCAGGUACCACCUGAAGGUUGGCAACACUAAAGGCCAUCUCCACCUGCGGGGCCUGGUGUCCCUCUCUCAACAGGAAGACUCAAAACUUGGCUUACAGCGAGGAAGUCUUCAAAGACGCCAUGAAUACUGUGUAACAAUCCCACAUUCCCAGAGAGCCAGCGAGACAGACUUUAGAUAUUAAAUGCUUUAUUUUUUCCAUUAUUAAAAACCAGUAUUAAUAACUAAA